GUCGCUGCUCAGCACCGCAGCCACCACUCCUCCCUCCAGCCCGGACACAGAAGCCCCCACCUCAGUGAUGCCCAGCACACAGACAGAUGCCUCCGUGCUCAGCACUGUGACAAUCCAGGCAACCACCACCUCAAGCUCAACCUCCACAGCCAUGACACAGACCUGGGCUGACACCACCACUGGUGCAUCAGUAGAGACCAGCACAGCAACAGCUCCCACCAUGCCAGAACAGCCAGAUUCUUCAGCUGAGUCCUCCACAGCCCUAGUGGGCAUCACAACCACCUCCAUCAGCAGCACGGUGCCUCCCAGGAACACUCUCACUCCCAGUCAGACACUGGGGAGCACAGCUAGGACCAGCUCUGAUAUCUCCACCAUAACUCUACACACAGGUGCCUUCACACACAGCACUGCAACAACUCAGAUGACCGCCACCACUCCAAGCCCAGAACUCGUCUCCACCACCCCAAACUCAACCUCCACAGCCAUAGCAACCACAUGGGCUGAGACCAGGUCUGGCACAUCAGCAGGGACUAGCACAGCCCCAGCUUCAACCAUUAAUUUGGCAGCAGCUGAAACAACUACACUGCCUUCCUCCACCUCCAGCCCUCUGCCCCACACCUCAGUGGACACCACUCUUGGCACAAGUGCCAUCAGCACACCCCUAUGGACCAGCAGUGCCCCAGAACAGUCAGAUUCUUCAGCUGAGUCCUCCACAGCCCUGGUGGGCAUCACAACCACCUCCAUCAGCAGCACGGUGCCUCCCAGGAGCACUCUCACUCCCAGCCAGACACUGGGGAGCACAGCUAGGACCAGCUCUGAUAUCUCCGCUAUAAGUCCACAGACAGAUGCCUUCACACACAGCACUGCAAGAACCCAGAUGACCACCACCACCACCACCCCAAGCCCCCUCUCUACAAUCACAGCAUCCACCUGGGCUGAGAUCACAUCAGCAGGGACCAGCACAGUCCCAGCUCCCAUCACACCAGCACACACAGCUGAGCCCUCCACAGCCCUGGUGAACACCAGCAGCAGCAGCAGCACCACAGUGGUCCCCAGGAGCACCUUCACUCCCAGCCCACCACUGGAGAACGCAACUGAGAGCAGCCCUGCUUUGUCCACCCUGAUUGCAGAGACAUCCCCAACGAGCCCCAGUGCCACCCCAGGGACCACAGCAGUGGGUGUGACAGUGCCAAAAUCCACAGAGCCCCCCGUGUCGCUGCUCAGCACCGCAGCCACCACUCCUCCCUCCAGCCUGGACACAGAAGCCUCAACCUCAGUGAUGCCCAGCACCACCCAGGCGACCAGCAGUGCUGCCCCCACUUCAGCACACACAGCUGCACCACCUGAGCCCUCUACAACUGUGGUAGACACCACCACCAUCUCCAUCAUCAGCCCAGUGGUCCCCAGGAGCACCCCCAGUCCCAGCCCACCCUUGGGGAGCACCGCUAGCACCAGCCCUGAUGUCUCCACACUGACCACAGGAACACCUCCAGACACCUCGACGGCACCACAGAGCCCCAGUGCCACCCCAGGCACGGAGCUCUCCCCCCCUGCCACCACCUCUGCACAGAGCCUGAAUGGCACCACCAGUCCUUCUGCAGAGCUGUCACCAGCCUGCCCCAAUGCCCCGAGCAAUGCCAGUGCAUCUCAGCUCUUCCUCUCCAUGCAUCUCAUCACUCCUCUGGACAUGGGGAACACCACGGUGCAGGAGCAGCUCCUGGCCAAGAUCCGCAAGGACCUGCAGACCGCCUUCCCACGUGCCAGGGUCCUGCUGCAGUGGAGAGGGGAGAAGCUGAUCUGAGCCCAUAACCGGGGGAUGCUGGGCAGGACUGAGCCAUCCUGCACCUCCUGUCCUUGUCCCUCUGGGUAACCCACACAGUCCCAUCUGCUUCCCUGCACCCCAGUACCCCUCUGUGCCCUGUUUUCUACCCCUUCCCACAGCCACUCUGCAGCCCCAUAACACUGAUGAUAAAGAAGUAGCUCUACAGCCCCACACCCUGCCCCAUUAUCACCAUGCAGCAGUGGCCCUGCUGGAAUUCAGGGUAAAGCAGGAGGCUCCAUCAGCCCCCAACCCCCAACAAGCUGUGCAUGCCAUGGGGCCAUGAAAAUCCUGUGGGCUGAGCUCCUUCCCUGUUUUUUUCCAGUCCCUGGUUGAGGAGACGGCCACACCGUCUGCCUCCCCUGCAGCAAAGUCAUUUAUUAACUGAUUAAUUAGCCAGAUAAAAUGAGAGCGAAGCAAUUAUUACUCUAAGCAAGUCACCUCGCAGGGAGAUUAAAAGUGGAAUAAUGAGCAAAAA